AUGGGUCACGGUAAAGACAUGGUAUCAACCUGUGCAAGGCUUCCUGCGAGUAACAGCCCUGUGACGUGUGUCAACAAACGACAUUCGGUGCAAUGCAGGCUCCAAGGCAGCGAGCUGCAGCUGCAGCGUCCCAGCUGGCGGUACCAUCACAGUCGAGAUGCACCAACAGCCCGGCGACCGAUCCUGCUCGAACGAAGCCCUCGGCGGCAACCACUUCGGACCCGUGAUGGCGUACAUGAGCAAGGUGGACUCAGCCGCCUCUGCAGACGGUCAUCGUCCUGGUUCAAGAUCUUCGAGAUCGGAUACGAUGCCUCGACCAAGACCUGGGGCAACGACCUGCUCAACAAGAACUGCGGCAAACAGGACGUCACGAUCCCGGCUGAUAUUGCCCCGGGUGAUUAUCUUCUCCGCGCGGAGACUAUUGCGCUUCAUACUGCUUCGCAGGCAAACGGUGCUCAGUUCUACAUGACCUGCUAUCAAGUCACGGUCACGGGCGGAGGCUCGGCCAACCCCGCCGGCGUGAAGUUCCCGGGAGCCUACAAUGCCAACGACCCGGGAAUCAAGAUCGAUAUAUGGGGGAGCGACUUCAAGGAGUACACCAUUCCGGGACCGGCAGUCUAUGGCAGUUUAACAGGUUCAUACCUCUUACCCGUUGUGACAUGGGAUUUGUGGAUAUGUAUAGGGGCUAGCAGUUCCGCAAAGGGCUUACCGACCUACUCGGUCAUUGGCGACAGAUAG